AUGACAGGGGCCUAUGACAAGGUGCUGCGGGAGCGAAUGGUUCACAUCCUCCGGCGACUGGGCAUCCCCAGGGACCUGGUGGGAUGGGUUGCGUCCUUCAUGACCAACAGGAAAUCCACAAUUGCCUUUGAGGGCCAGGAAUCAGACACCUUUGACAUCCCAGCAGGCAUCCCGCAGGGGUCACCCCUAUCACCUAUACUAUUCCUAUUCUACAAUGAGGAACUGGUGCGCAUCUGCUCAAGACCGGGGCGCCCGGUGGUGUGCAUAGCCUUUGUAGACGAUGUCAACGUGAUGGCCUAUGGCCAGUCCACUGAGGACAACUGCAGGGAGCUCCUGCGCAUGCAUCGGGCAUGCGAGGAGUGGGCAGCACGGCACGGGGCGGUCUUUGCCCCCCAGAAGUAUGAGCUAAUGCACUUCACACGGGCGCGCAACCAAUUCAACCUACAGGCUGAGCUGAGACUGCCAGGACAAACUAUACAACCGAAACAGGUGAUGAGGGUAUUGGGUGUAUGGUUAGACUCUAGGCUGAGAUGGAAGGGCCACCUGGACGCGGUGGCAGGCAAGAUGAAGACUCAAGUCAGAGCACUGUCCCAAACCACCCAAUCCACAUGGGGGCUCCCACUACGACAAGCGAGAAUGGUGUAUAACAUGGUCAUCAGGCCGGCCCUGACCUAUGGAGCAAUAGCAUGGCACCAGCCACAGGGGCAGGGGGGCACGGGUCCAGCUAAGUCAGGACUGGCCCUCAAGCUGACCACAGUGCAGAACUCCUGCCUCAGAAUAGUGGCAGGGGCAUACAAAAGAACCCCAACAAGCACACUGGAAGCGGAAACCCACACAGUACCCUUAGACAUCCACCUGGAUGGGCUAGUGGCAAAGGCGGUCAACAGGAUGAAGGCCUCAGGAAUGGCGCAACAAAUUGAGAAUGCGUGUGCGGCCAUAAGGACCAGGCUUCGGCACCGGGGGGUGACAAGGGGGGCACAGAGACACAUGGGAGCUGUGGUUCACCCGGCAGCCCUGCCAGUGGACUGGGAACAGCAAUGGAUUCAGGGUGCUAAGGAGAGAGUCACAGCAGAGAUGACACCGGAACAACGAGCCAACCUGGACCAAGCCUCAUAUAAUCACUGGCUGAAGCGCGAGCAGCUCUGGAGCACUAUCAUCAUCCAAUUGAGGUCAGGGAAAACCGGACUGGCAGCUUUCCUAAACCGGUGUAAGGUACCUGAAUUCCCCACCCCACGGUGCCCCUGUGGGUAUGAAUGGGAAACAGUCGAACAUGUUCUGAUACACUGCGAACGCUGGGAGCAGCAGCGUCAGGGCCUUAUAAGAAAUGGCAGGCUAGACAAGAGGAUGCUGCUAGACACCAAGGAAGGCCUGCAUCUCCUGUCAAACUGGUGGAUGGAGAGCGGGAUUCUAGGCCAGUUCACAUUAGCACGCGAGCUGACACACUAUGUACCAUAA